GCCUUCCUGCGCUUCCACGCGGAGGCCGACUCCGCCGCGGAGUGGCUCGACCGGCUCCCGCGGGACCAGGCCGCCGCGCAGCGGCUCGACAUCAAGGCGAAGCUCGCGAACGAGCUCCGGCUCCUCCUCGAGACCGUGCAGGACCCCGAGGGCGCCGCGGGCCGCGACGGCUUCCCGCCGCUCGUCGACGACGACUGGGGCGGCGAGCCCACGCUCGCCUCGACGCGGCCCAUCUGCCUGAGCUGCCGCCGCCCGACGAGCCAGCACGGCGCGCAGCGCGGCGGCCGCGUGCUGAGCGCGCACCGCCAGUUCGCCGCGCAGACGUUCCAGCCGCCGGACGACACGGUCGUCUGGCGCGCGGGCUUCAAGAUGCCCUUCGCGAACCAGUUCUACCAGGUCGACCGCCCGCGGUCGCCGCCCGUCGCCGACCACUCCGUCUUCUCCGCGUCGCGGUCCAUCUCCGUGAGCGACCCCGCGCACCCGCAGCAGCCGCAGCGGCCCGUGCUCCGCAACCAGACGCCCGAGAGCUGGAUCAAGGAGAAGCGGAAGAACCAGCACCACCGGAGCCAAUAG